UAUUAUGUACAGCGCUCCUGAAUGUGAACUGACAUGGAAAAGCCUUGGUUGGCAAGUUUUACUAACAAAAAUCCUACUAUCCACUUUGUCUACAUCCAUUUGAUUGUGGAAAAGAUGAACAUCAAUGAGUAGUUUUCAAGCGUUUCAAGUUACUCAUUUUGUGAUUCACCACAAGCACCUGCAUGUUUUUAAAAUUUGUGUUUUUGCUUCCGCAGACUUUUUCACGUUUUUAUUAAAGGGCAGUUUUUUUCUAGGCACCAUUGCUGCUAAAAGUAGCCAGCUUCCAGUAUCAUGGCCCCUACUCAGGAUAGCUUUGCAGCAGUAUUAUGCUAGACAGUGUGGUUUUGAGAAACCAGAAUACAGAGGAAGUUGUCUUCUGUGCACCUGCUCCACCCCAUUUUGUGCAAAUCUCGAUGCAUGCACGGAAGUUAGGGCUCAGAGCAAAAGGGCACAGGUGACUAGAUGCUGUGACAGUUUGUCUUUGAGUGUUUGUGUGUAUGGGUGUAAAUGUCAUGGAACUGUAACAGUAUGACAGAGGCUGGGUGUGCAUAGGCUCCCUUGUGAUAUAAGAAGCAAAGUGUGAACGGGCAGAAAAAGUCUGAAAAGUCGGCGAACCAAAGUGUCUCGAGUUGGACAGGUGAAGGUCAGGCAUGGGGACAACACCUAACGUCAUUAGGAGACUUUUGGACGACUGUGAGCUGUUUGUGUCAGAGAUCCUUCAAGAUGAGGACCUCAGUGAAAAUGCCCAAGAGACACGGAAGGUCUUACUGAAUAACUUCAGGGUCGUCCACAUACGAUACCCUCAGGAAUUACCCUUCCUAUCGGACUUCAGGGAAGAGGACGGCUCUGACGACAACCGCAGCUCCAGCCUGGGUCGCUCUGCCCCAUCAGACGACGCCUCAGUAGCCUCUGACUACCAGGAUGACGGAGGCCCUGAGUACUUUGGGGACAUCCCCUCUGUGGCAGCCCAGGACCUCAGCAACAUCUUGAAGCAAGGCUACUUGGAGAAGAAACGAAAAGACCACAGCUUCUUCAGCUCUGAGUGGCAGAAGAGAUGGUGUGUCCUGAACAACUCAAUAUUCUACUACUUUGGGAGUGAAAAAGAUAAACAGCAAAAGGGUUCCUUUUAUAUCAACGAAUACAGUGUACAGCUGGUGACCAACGUGAGGAAAGACUCCAAGAAAAAUGCCUGUUUCGAGCUCUUUGCACCCGGGCGGCGGGCUUUCCAGUUCACUGCCAGCAGCCCUCAAGAGGCCAGAGAAUGGGUGGACCAAAUAAAUUUUGUACUUAGAGAUCUCAGCUCCAGCUUCAUCCCUUUCGAUGACGACGAGGAGGAGGAAGAGGAGACCUAUGAUGACAUUGAGGGGUUGACCGGCCCUCCCCCGCCUGGGCCCGGUGCUGCCCAGGCCUCUCAGAGCACCAUACCGGGAGGAGGGCAGGAGAUGCGGGAGGUGGACGAGGAGGACGAGGAUAUCUACGAGGUGCUGCCAGAAGAGGAUUUUCCAGAGCCGGUGGAUGAGAGCAGUGAGAGGAACAACAAACCAGUUUGGUCAUCAGAUUACGCCAACUACUACCAGGGUUUAUGGGACUGCCAGGCCGACGAGGUGGAUGAGCUGGCCUUCCAGAGAGGAGAUCUCAUUUACAUCAUUAGCAAGGAGUACAACAUUUACGGCUGGUGGGUCGGCGAGCUGAACGGCACCGUGGGUAUCGUCCCCAAGGAUUUCCUGCACCCUGCUUACAUCCUCUGAGCACCAGCAGGUACAGAAGUACUCUCUUAUCAUCAGCAUUAUGGACCAUUACUGUGGCCUAAUACACAGAAACGGUCCCCCUGGUACUCAUCCAGAUUGCCAUUGAGGUAUAUUCAGACGUUGACCUGCCAUUUAUGGCAUCUGCUGGCUAGAAGAAGUACUGCAUAAAGCAAUCUGAACGCUGAAAUGGGUGAGAGUAAAUAUGUGCAACAAAAGCAUGAUUACAGUGUCAGUUGUCGUAUUUAAGAAAAUGAUUCCGUAAUAGGCGCAGCUUAAAAUGAAUACUGAAUUAUUAAUGCCUGUUUCUCUGAUAGUGUGUUUCUUUUUUUUUUUCGUCUACAGAGCUGCUGCUGCUCAUAAAUCUGGCCAUGAAUUUCACAGACAGCCCUGUCAGAUAAUCUUUUGUAAUUUGAAAAUUAUUCUUUCUCACAAGACUGUAAAAUACAUCAUAUAAAUCUGCUGCAGUAGCACUUAUUUAUGUACAUUAUAACCCAUUUGUGAAUGGUCCUGCCUUCGAUAUCGGUGCGCAAACUGGAGACGAAGCGGUCGAUUAAUCAGUCGGUCGACAGAAAGUGACGCGACAACAAUUUUGAUAGUUAUACAUCAUUUGUUUUUUUAGGAAAAAAACUAAAACAUUCUCUGGUUGCAGCUUCUCAAAUUUGAGG